GUAAUUGGAUCGAUCGAGCCGUAGCCUGCCGCCGCCGCCGCCGCCGCCGCCAUUGCUUCUAGGAGGCUACAUGCCAACAACGCCCGGCUCCGUACGUGCAUGCGUGUACGCGUUCUGACAUGCAGCAGUCUACCUAUAUCUUGCCUCCGUCUGCAACUGUCUGGGUCAUUUGUCUUUUUCAGCUGCCGCGACCCUGCUGGGAAAGUUCAAACCUCGAUAGGCGCGCCUCCGACUCCGACUUAUUUCGCCAUCCUCUUGGACGAUCCGCCCUCCUUACCUCUUUACCUCUUUUUUCUCCUUCUUUUUUUCUUUCUUUGGCCACUUUCGCUCGCGCCCCAAUUCAUCCUCCUCUUUCUAACCCCCAUCGUCUGGGUGGCUUACCUGGUUGCCGGGGAGCUUACCUCCUAACCGAAGCAACCACUAAGGCUUUGGGGAAUAAUACUGUACAAAGCCACUCCUGGGCACGUGCAGAGCGCGUACGACACACCCUGCCUUUUCCCUCUGCGUCGUUGCCAGUCCUCCUGCCACGCCUAC